AUGAGAACCAUCGACCACAGUUUCUACCCUCACAUUGUCGACCUCGUGUUCCACUUUGCGCCCUUUGAGUCGUACAACGUACUUCGCUGGGUGUGUCGCGGGUGGCGACAGCGAGUGGAAGCCAAGUUUCACCAUCUGCGCGACUUCUCCGUUAUCCACCACUCCGUUCAUCGCCUCUACCGCUUCCGGCUUGGCCAGCAAGAGUCUAUCACGACAACAACCCUUGGAGCGUGCACUAGUGCCAAGGUCGUCGACCUCGACGACAGCCCCGCUCCCCUCGGCUGCAUCGAGCGCUACAACUUCAACACCAUCCGCGUACCCUACCGCAAUCGGCUUCCUCCGGGAAGCGAAUCUUCCUUCGCUCCGUUCGAGUGCCGCCGGCUCGUGUUGGACAACCACUUCUCCCUCAAGACCAGCUGCUUCAUCGACAAGCUGGUGAUCAACCUUAGGGACACAUACGACAGUCCAUUCAUCUUGCAUAAGCUUAGUCAACACUGCUGGUACCGCUUCUUUGGGAUCCGUCACUUGGUCGUCAUUGUCCAUCCGAUCAACACGCCAGUCAAGGGCAGGCUCCACAGCGACGACCGGAAACAGAUUGUGUACGCUACAGCCCGAGCCCUCAAGUUUGCCUGCGAGUGCUACUUUGACCUUUGGUCGAAACCCCACCGCUCACGCCCGGUGAAGCCGGAAAUGACUCUUGUUUCCGAUGGGGAUAGCGCGCGAUUGGAAAUCGUAAUUCCACAGCUUCGGCACAUCAGUCUCGAGGAGUACCGGACUGAGAUUGGAGAGAAGGAGUUAACGAUCGAGACCGACUUCAACACUGCGCUGUCACCGUGA